GAGCGUUUCCCAGAGCGACGCCCAGGUGGUGGAUGAAGCGUCGAAUAGGGGGGGUGUGGGAGGAUCUGCGGCAAUGCGACGACGCGACGGAAGACUACUUCAAGGACAAGCUGCACAUGUCGCCAUGGGUGUUCCGGGAGAUAGCGGAAACUCUAUGGGCGUCGGGGGACACGUACGAGAGCGGGACGUGCAGCUUCGGCAUUGGCAGAAAGUCUGGGUUGGUGGCUGUGCGGGAUGUUACUUCGGCGUUGCUGAGUGCGUACCGCGACAAGAUAUCGUGGCCAACGUUGCUGCAAAAGGCGGUCGUCUUGCGCGCUUUCGCUGACAAGGGUUUCCCCAACUGCCAUGGCUGCAUCGAUUGUACCCACAUCUUCAUCGAGAAGCCAGCCAAUUGCCCCGGAGAGGACUACUACGACAAAAAACGUCGUUUCUCCGUCCAGGCUCAGGUGGUCGUCGAUCUGAACUUGUGCGUGCUGGAUGUGUUCGUCGGAUACCCGGGGAGCUGCCACGACCUGAGGAUCGUCCACCUGUCCAGUUUGUGGGCACGUGCGGAGGCAGGGGAGCUUUUCACUUGGCCACCUGUCAUGCUGCCUUUCGGUGUGCGAACGAACGGCUAUCUACUGGCCGACAGCGGUGUAUCACAGCACCCGUCGGAGAUUCGGUUUGACAACAAGCAGAAGGCGGCGAGGGGAGCAGUCGAGAGGGCUUUCGGCAGAUUGAAGGGGAUGUGGAGGUUGUUCCUUCGCUCCCACAAGACGAACAUGGAGACGUUGCCGCAGCAAUUCGUCGCCGUCUGCAUUCUGCACAACAUAGUCAUCGACGCGGGCAUCUCGUUCGACGACAAUCUGCUGUGGGAGGUCGGGCCGAACGGUGUUCGUCGGAAGGUGGACCUUGGGAUGCACCGCCCGUUGAGGCAGAUGUGUAUGGAGUCGUCGACGGGGGAUGCGCUGAUCCUGUGGGAUGCACUGGCGGAGCGAAUGGGUACGCAGUGAAGACGACCUGUCGUCGGGAGCGGGCGGUAUGCACACACACACACACACACACACACAGAGAGAGAGAGAGAGAGAGAGAGAGAGAGAGAGAGAGAGAGAGAGAGAGAGAGAGAGAGAGAGAGAGAGAGAGAGA